AUGAAAUUUUAUGCAUAUAAUCUAUCACAACCUGGAGUCUUAUUUUCAAAACGCUUUCAUACGUGUGUCACAUAUACGCACAUCACGAACAUGCACGCCACAUGCAUGCCACCAACCACGUAUCUCACAUUAAGUCACGUGCACGUACUAACACACGUCAUUUAUGCAAACGACACACAUACAUUACGAACACGUGCCUCACAUGGAUGUCAUCCAUACGCACGUCGCACAAACGUCACAAAUACGUGCACGUCACUCACAGACAUCACAUACACAUCAUCAGCACGUACGUCGCAUACAAAAAUAAAAAUACAUCAUCAGCGCGUAUAUCACAUAUACACGUCAAGUACACAUUUCUCGCGUAUGCGUGAGUCAGAAACACGUACGUCGCAUUACGUGCUUAGCAUACAUGUCACGUACAGAUAUAUCACAUGUCCGUACGUAACAUACACAUCACGCACGCUGUCGCGAAUUCCGAUUCGCGAGACUCCAACCAUACAAAUAUAUAAUCAAAUAAUUUUCUUAUUGUAA